AUGCCGGGUGCGGUGAUGAACGGAAGCCGAGCGGGGGACGCGGACGACAUCGUGUUGACGGGGUUGUCGGGCCGCCUGCCCGAAUCCAAUAACAUCGAGGAGUUCGCACAGCAGCUCUUCGACGGUGUCGACCUGGUCACAGCCGACGGCCGGCGCUGGACUCCCGGUUUACACGGUCUACCGGAGCGCAACGGUAAACUAAAAGACAUCACACAUUUCGAUGCCACGUUCUUCGGCGUGCACGCGAAGCAGGCGCAUCUCAUGGACCCGCAGCUGCGCCUGCUGCUGGAGUUGACCCACGAGGCCGUCGUAGACGCCGGCUUCAACCCCGCUGAGCUGCGCGGCUCACGCACCGGCGUCUACGUCGGCGUCUCAAACUCCGAGAGCGAGGAGCUCUGGACCAGCGACCCCGAAAAGAUCAACGGGUACGCGCUCACCGGCUGCUGCCGCGCCAUGUUUCCCAACCGCAUCUCGUACACGUUCGACCUGAAGGGCCCCUCGUACGCCAUCGACACGGCCUGCUCGAGCUCCAUGUUCGCGCUGGCGCAAGCCGUGGCCGCCAUGCGCGCCGGCCAGUGCGACGCGGCCGUGGUGGCCGGCUCCAACCUGUGCCUGAAGCCGGCCACGUCGCUCAACUUCCACCGCCUGAGCAUGCUGUCGCCGGAGGGCCGCUGCGCCGCCUUCGACGCGGCCGGGCGCGGCUACGUGCGCUCGGAGGCCGUGGUGGCCGUGCUGCUGCAGCGCCGCGCCGCCGCCCGCCGCGUCUACGCCACGGUGCGCGGCGCGCGCAUGAACACGGACGGCGCCAAGGAGCAGGGCAUCACCUUCCCCUCGGGCCGCGUGCAGCGCGCGCUGGCCGAGGAGACCUUCGCCGAGGCGGGCCUGAGGCCGCAGGACGUGGUCUACGUGGAGGCUCACGGGACUGGCACGAAGGUCGGCGAUCCUCAAGAGGUAAACGCGAUAGCCGACUUUUUCUGCAAGGAUCGCGAAAGUCCGCUGCUACUGGGGUCGGUCAAGUCGAACAUGGGACACUCGGAGCCCGCCUCGGGACUCUGCUCCAUCGCCAAGGUCGUGGUGGCGAUGGAACGCGGCUGCAUCCCUGCCAAUUUGCAUUACAAGGAGCCCAAUCCCGACAUACCGGCGCUGAGCGACGGUCGCAUAAAGGUCGUCGACCGCAACACGCCGUUCGAGGGCGGGCUCGUGGCCGUGAACUCGUUCGGCUUCGGCGGCGCCAACGCGCACAUCAUCCUGGAGUCGGAGCGCAGUGGGCGGCCCGCGCCGGCCUCCUACGCGGUGCCGCGCCUGGUGCUGGCGGCCGGCCGCACGGAGGAGGCGGCGCGCGAGCUGCUGGCGCUGGCCGCCGAGCACCCGCGCGACGCCGAGCUGCACGCGCUGCUGGACGCCGUGCACGCGCACCACCUGCCCGGCCACGCCUUCCGCGGGUUCCGCCUGCUGGCCGAGCCGCCCGUGGAGGAGAUCGUGGAGGUGGAGAGCGGCCCGCCGCGGCCCGUGUGGUUCGUGUUCGCGGGCAUGGGCUCGCAGUGGCCGGGCAUGGGCCGCGCGCUCAUGCGCCUGCCCGUGUUCGCGGCCAGCGUGCAGCGCUCGGCGGCGGCGCUGAAGCCGCACGGCAUCGACCUGCUGCACGUGCUCACGGACGCGCCGGACACCGCCUUCGAUGACGUCAUCGUGUCGUUCGUGUCGAUCGCCGCGGUGCAGGUCGCUCUCGUCGACGUCCUGCGCGCCGUCGGCGUUCAACCGGACGGAAUCGUCGGACACUCCGUUGGCGAAAUAGGUUGCGCGUACGCCGACGACACUCUGACGGCGGAACAGGCCGUGCUCGCCGCGUACUGGCGGGGCCGCAGCAUCGUGGACGCGAAACUAUCCGCCGGUGCCAUGGCCGCCGUCGGUCUCUCCUGGGAGCAGUGCGUGGAGCGCUGCCCGCCCGACGUGGUCCCCGCCUGCCACAACGCCGCAGACAGCGUCACGAUAUCGGGUCCGGUGGAGUCGGUGGAGAAGUUCGUGGCGACGCUGGCGGCGGAGGGCGUGUUCGCGCGGCGCGUCAACAGCUCGGGCGUGGCGUUCCACAGCAAGUACAUCGCCACCGCCGCGCCGCUGCUGCGCCGCAGCCUCGAGCGCGUCAUCCCGCAGCCCAAGCCGCGCUCGCCGCGCUGGGUGUCGUCCUCGCUGCCCAAGGACCAGUGGAACUCCGACAUCGCUAAGUUGAGCGACGCCGCGUACCACGUGAACAACCUGCUGUCGCCCGUGCGCUUCGCGGAGGCCGUGCGCGAGAUCCCCGAGCGCGCCGUGCUGGUGGAGGUGGCGCCGCACGCGCUGCUGCAGGCCGUGCUGAAGCGCGCGCGGCCGGCGCCCGGCGCCGCGCACGUGCCGCUGGUGCGCCGCGACGCGCCCGACGCCGCGCUGCACGUGCUGGCGGCGCUGGGCCGCCUGUUCGCCGCGGGCGCCCGGCCGCGCGCCGGCGCGCUGUACCCGCCCGUGCCGUGGCCCGUGUCGCGCGGCACGCCGGCGCUGGCCUCGCGCGUGCGCUGGGACCACUCCGUCGAGUGGAGCGUGGCCGACUUCGGCCUCGUGCGCUCCGGCGAGAACGUCAUCGAGUACGACCUCUCGCGCGCCGACGACGCCUUCGUCGCGGGACACAACAUCGACGGCCGGAUCCUCUUCCCGGCCACCGGAUACCUGACGCUCGUCUGGAGGACCGUGGCGAAGCUGCACAACAGAAAAGUCGAAGAGACCCCGGUGCUAUUCGAGAACGUUCAGUUCAAGCGCGCGACUAUCAUGUCGCCGGACGCUCCGACCCGGUUCCUCAUUAACGUGCUGGAGGGCUCGGGCGAGUUCGAGGUGUGCGAGGGCGGCAGCGUCGCCGUGACCGGCAGCGUGCGCGUGCCCGAGCGCGCGGCCGCCGAGCGCCUGCCCGCGCGCGCGCCCGCGCCGUCCGAGCCCGAGCUGCUGCCGCUCGCCACCGACGAUGUGUACAAGGAGCUGCGCCUGCGCGGCUACUUCUACGGCGGCGUCUUCCGCGGCAUCCGCUCCUCCGACCCGCGCGGCACGGCCGGCGAGCUCGCCUGGGACGACAACUGGAUCUCGUUCAUGGACACGAUGCUGCAGUUCGGCAUCAUCGGCGUCGACACGCGGGAGCUCUACCUGCCGACGCGCCUGCAGCGCGCGCUCAUCGACCCGGCCGCGCACGCCGCCGCCGUGGCCGCCGCCGCCGGCGGGACCGUGCCCGUGCAGAUGCAUCGCGAUGUCGACACCAUCUCCGCCGGCGGAGUCGAAUUCCGGGGCGUAAAGACGAGUCUCGCGCCGCGCCGCGCUAACGUUCAGGCGGCGCCGAAGCUCGAGAAGUACGUGUUCCUGCCGUACGACAACGCGACGGUGGGCACGGAGGACACCUCGCGGUCGAAGCGCGACGCGCUCAUCGUGAGCAUGCAGCUGAUGGCGGAGAACGUCGGCGCGCUGAAGAUGAAAGUAGUAGAAGCGGCGCUGGACCGCUCGCCCGAGGCGCUGCUGACGCCGCUGGUGGUGGCCGCGCUGGAGGCGGAGCCCGUGGCGCGCGUGGAGGCCAGCCUGGCCGCCGGUGCACAGACCGCACCAUACGCGGCCGCGAUGCAGUCUCACGACGUCAAGGUCACGACUAAAGACGCUCGGAGCGGUCCGCCGGACUCCGAUUGCCAUCUGGUGAUAGCGGCGGACGUGCUGACGAGGCACGGAGCGGGCGUGCUCGCGAACCUGGCCGCCGCGCUGGGCGACGCCGGCCACGUGCUGCUGGAAGAGCCGCACGGCGCGCUGGACGAGCGCGGCGCCGCCGAGGCCGUGCGGGCCGCCGGGCUGGCCGCGGUGUCGCGCCAGGUGGCCGCCAACUGCGAGUACCUGCUGCUGCGGCGCGCGCCCGAGCCGCCCGCCCCGGCCGUCGUCGUGGAGGUCACGGAGGACGACAAGUACGCGUGGGUGGAGACGUUGCGCGACGCCUUGAAGCGCGCCGAGAGCGAGCCGAUGCGCGUGUACGUAGUGUCGCGCGCGGCCAGCGCCGGCGUGCUCGGCCUGGCCACGUGCCUGCGCGGCGAGCCCGGCGGGCGCGCGCUGCGCGUGUUCUACCUGCCCAACGCCAAGGAGCCGUUCGCGCCCGACGCGCCGGCCUACGCGGCGCAGGUGCGGCGCGACCUGGCCGUGAACGUGCUGCGCGCCGGCGUGUGGGGCUCGUACCGCCACCUGCCGCUGUCGGACACGGCGGACGCGCAGCUGCAGGUGGAGCACGCCUACGUCAACACGCUGACGCGCGGCGACCUGGCGUCGCUGCGCUGGAUCGAGAGCGAGCUGCGGUUCGCGCACGCGCGGCCCGCGCCGCCGCGCGCCGAACUGUGCCGCGUGUACUACGCGCCGCUCAACUUCCGCGACAUCAUGCUGGCCACCGGCAAGCUGCCGCCCGACGCGCUGCCCGGGAACCUCGCCGGCCAGGAGUGUAUUCUGGGUCUCGAGUUCAGCGGACGGUCGUCGGACGGGAAGAGAGUCAUGGGUAUGGUGGCGGCGAAGGGACUUGCGACGACGGUCAUGGCCGAUAAAGGAUUCCUAUGGGAAGUUCCGACCGCAUGGUCGCUGGAGGAGGCGGCCACGGUGCCCGUCGCGUACGCCACGGCCUACUACGCGCUGUGCGUGCGCGGGCGCAUGCGGCGCGGCGAGGCCGUGCUGGUGCACGCGGGCUCGGGCGGCGUGGGGCAGGCCGCCAUCGCCAUCGCGCUGCACGCGGGCUGCGCCGUCUACACCACGGUGGGCACGCCCGACAAGCGCGCCUUCCUGCGCGCGCGCUUCCCGGCGCUGCCCGACGAGCACAUCGGCAGCUCGCGCGACACGUCCUUCGAGCAGCUGGUGCAGCGCCGCACGCGCGGCCGCGGCGUCGACCUGGUGCUCAACUCGCUGGCCGGCGACAAGCUGCUGGCCUCCGUGCGCUGCCUGGCCGACGGCGGCCGCUUCCUCGAGAUCGGCAAGCUCGACCUCUCCAACAACACGGCGCUGGGAAUGGCGAUCUUCCUCAAGAACACGACCUUCCACGGCAUCCUGCUGGACGCGCUGUUCGAUGCGGGCUCCGAGAGCGAGGAGAAGCGGGAGGUCGUCCGCUGCCUGACGGAGGGCAUCGCGAACGGGGCCGUGCGCCCGCUACCCUCCACCGUGUACACCGAUCAGCAGCUGGAGCAGGCCUUCAGGUACAUGGCGACGGGCAAGCACAUCGGCAAGGUGCUGCUGCGCGUGCGCGAGGAGGAGGCGGGCGGCGCGCGGCCGGCGCACAAGCUGGUGGCCGCCAUCCCGCGCACCUACCUGCACCCCGGCAAGAGCUACGUGCUCGUCGGCGGCCUGGGCGGCUUCGGCCUGGAGCUGGGGCAGUGGCUGGUGGUGCGCGGCGCCACGGCGCUGGUGUUCAACUCGCGCAGCGGCGUGCGCACGGGCUACCAGUCGUGGUGCGUCCGGCGCUGGCGCGAGGCGGGCGUGCGCGUGGCCGUGUCGACGGCGGACGCGGCCACGCCGGCCGGCGCGCGCGCGCUGCUGCGGGAGGCGGCGGCGCUGGCGCCCGUGGGCGGCGUGUUCAACCUGGCCGCCGUGCUGCGGGACGCCUUCCUCGAGAACCUCACGCCGGACGACUUCCGCGCCGUCGCGCGGCCCAAGAUCGACGCAACAAAGGCUCUCGAUGCCGCCUCUCGUGAAAUGGCCCCGGAACUAGAUUACUUCGUCGUGUUCUCGUCCGUGUCCUGCGGCCGCGGCAACCCCGGCCAGAGCAACUACGGGCUCGCCAACUCCGCCAUGGAGCGCAUUGUGGAGCAGCGGCAGGCGGACGGGCUGCCCGGCCUGGCCGUGCAGUGGGGAGCCAUCGGCGACGUCGGCCUCAUCAUGGCCAUGGGCGGCGACGACGCCGUGGUGGGCGGCACGUUGCCGCAGCGCAUCUCGUCGUGCAUGGAGGCGCUGGGCGCGCUGCUGGCGCGGCCGCACGCCGUGGCCGCGUCCAUGGUGCUGGCCGACAAGCGGCGCGCCGCCGCGCAGCCGCAGCAGGACCUCGUGCACGCCGUCGCCAACAUCCUCGGUAUCAAGGACCCGAGCAAGGUGUCGGACACGACGAACCUCGCCGAGUUGGGAAUGGACUCUCUAAUGGGCGCUGAAAUAAAACAGACGCUGGAGCGCGGUUUUGACGUCAUCCUGGGCGUGCAGGAGAUCAGAGGCCUCACGUUCGCCAAGCUGCGCACCCUCGGCGGCGAGAGCAACGUUACAGAGGCCGGCGCGGCCGCUGCCACCGAGCCCCCGCCCGGAGCCGAGCUGGUGGAGCUCGCCACGCAAGGGGAGCUCAUGCCCAAGCAGGUGGUCGUCAAGCUGCCGAGCGCGGCCACGUCCGACGACGUGCCGCCCGUCUUCAUGGUGCACCCCAUCGAGGGCGUGGUGGCGGGGCUGCGCGCGCUGGCGGCCGGCGUGCGCGCGCCCGUGCUGGGCCUGCAGUGCACGCGCGCCGCGCCGCUGGCCGACAUGGCGGCGCUGGCGCGCUUCUACGUGGCGCACGUGCGCGCGCUGCAGCCGCGCCCGCCCUACACGCUGCUGGGCUACUCCUUCGGCGCCGGCGUGGCCUUCGAGAUGGCGCUGCAGCUCGAGCAGGCGGGUUGCGAGACGCGGCUGGUGCUAGUAGACGGGUCGCCGGCCUACGUGGCGACUCACACCACGCGUAGCACGAAGAAGCGCGCCGCCAGGACAACGCACACCGACGAGGCCGACGCGCUCACCUACUUCAUCCAGCUGUUCAAGGAGGUUGACGUUGCGAAGGUCUCGGCGGAGCUGGAGAGGCUGGGCGGCUGGGAGCAGCGCGUGCAGCGCGCCACGGAGCUGCUGGCGGGCGCGGCGCCGCCGGACGCGGACGCGCUGGGCGCCGCCGCCGCCGCCUUCUACCGCAAGCUGGUGGUGGCCGACUCGUACCGCCCGGCCGGCAAGCUGCGCGGGCCCGUCACGCUGUUCCGCGCCAGCGACAACUACGUGGCGCUGGCCGACGACUACGGGCUGGGCGCCGUGUGCACCGGCCCGCUCACCACGCGCCAGCUGCCCGGCACGCACCGCUCCAUCCUGACGGGCGACGCGGCCGCCGCCAUCGCCGCGCACCUCUCCGAGCUGCUGGAGCAGCACUAGCGCGCCGCCGGUGCUCCUCGGCGGAAACGGACUUUUUGACUGACUACCUUGCUGUACGUGAUCGCGAGUGGGAGCCGUCGAGUCGGUCGCGAGCCGGUUCGCGAG